UAACACAGCAGCAGGCAGGUCCACUCAUAUAAGCUGUGGGUGAUAGAAACUUGAAACAUACUGAAUAACGUGAAACUUCAUUAACCAAACAGCUGAUCGACACGCCACAGGAGGCAGGAAUUUAUACGAUGGAAGGGAUGAAGACAAUGGGAGACUUAGUGAAAGCUACCAAAUCAAUUUCCAAGGCUGAGGAUUACAGAGAUGACAUCAAGCUGAUAAUGCAGCCAUAUGCUAACUGGGAGGAGUACUUGGUACCUGCCCCAGUCUCCAUAGCCAUUCUGGGAGAGCUGGUCUGUAUCUCCUCUAAUGUAGAUUUCUCCAUCAACAAAAACCCUCCAAAAGAUGGCUUUCAGUACAUCAAGUACCCAGACUCAUUCCGAGCCUGUCUUAUGCAAGUGGCUAAUUCUGGAUGGGCGGCAUUCAAUACGGCUCACACGAACAUGGACCAGAUCCGUCUCCACACUGCCAACGUGCCAGGUUAUAUCAAGACUUCAGUUCAGAUAUUACUACAGGACAAUGAUGAGCUGGUCCAAACCCUCCUCCCUGACCAACUGGAGAACAUAGCUACUAUAUCAGACCAAUGUGUACAACUGGCUGAUCAAACAGAGAAAAAGUUCACCUUUGUUAUUAAUCUGAUCCAAGAACUUUUAGAAGCUUGUAUAAAUGCAAAGAAGGUAUAUGGUGAUGAUCUGGAGAAAGUCAAGCGCAAAAUUGAGAAGAACAAAAUGAAGAAGGAGGAUUCAGAGAGAGCCAAAGAAAGGGCUCUGGAAAGUCUUGAGGACAUGAAUAAGCAGGCAGCAGAGGCACAAAAGAGUUUUGAUACAGCAAUGGAUUCACUGCCAUCUGGGUGGGAAGUGAUUGGCAUGAACUUCGUUGAAGGACUCACAGAUGAUGUAUUAAGUGCUCUGAACAUUUUUACAAAUAUAGCAGCAACAGUCGUAGAAGUAAAACUAGGAGGUCCAAUGAUGUUUGCACAGAGCAACGCGUUUUCCAAAUCAGGGCAGCUUCUGGGUCUGAGUCGAACCUUAAAUAGCUUUACAGAACCAAACCAAAUUAAAUGGUCUGAUGUAUUUGACCAAAAUGAGGGGAAAGCAAAGACAUCAUUUCUCAGUAAACAAUUUGAGCACAUUAACACCUCAGUGGCCAGUGAAAAUGACUCUGAAGCAAAAACCAAAGCUAUAAAUAUCUGCACAAAGGGUACGAACCUGUGCUCUGAGCUCAGCACCAUCGCACCUGACGGGAAAUGCGAUGAUGGCAAGACGAAAGAAAUGAUUGGAGGAAUCCAAAAGCUGCUGAAGGAAACAGAGAAAUUUGACUCUGAGAGCAAAGCCUUCACAAACACACCAGCUUUUACACCCGAACCCCCACAGCAAGCUAAAGAGAGUGGCAUAAAACGGGCAGGUGAGAUGGCGGUGGAGAAUGCCCGUUUCCGCAUAGAGCAGAGUCGAGCCCAGCUGGAAAAGGCGAGAGAGCUGCAAAAACAGAGUCUGGAAAACCUGGAGAAAAACCAGAAGGAGCUGACAGAGAUCUUAGUCACACUGAGAAACUGUGAAGUAAAAGAGAUUGACUUCAACACCACCAUUAAGGUGCUGGUUGAGGGUCUAAAAGCCAUGGGGAGAGUGAAAGAGCAGUGGGAGAAGAUGGUACGCUUCUUUCAGAUGAUCUCAAGCAUCAUUAAGACCAGCCUGAGUAGAUCUCUGGAUGAUUUUGUCAAACAGUCUCAGAAGGCAUCUCAGAAACAUCUGUCAUAUAACUCAAAAAAGUUCAUGAAAGACCUGAUCUACCAGCAGGCCUUUUACGCAUCGAAUGUAGCCAGUUUGGUUAACAUGAUCUCAGGGACCUACGUUGAGAUUUCAGACAAACAUCUGAUGGACAGGAUCAGCAGUCUGGGCAAACUCAUGGCUCUGGAUCCCAGCAAACCAGAAUUCAUAAGUGAACGUGUAAAAUUAGAAAGUGCCUGUGAAGAUGCUCAAAAGGCAAUAAGAGAUCUUGUGAUGAAGAACAAUGAGAAAUUUGAGCAAAAGACAAAAGAGAGAAUGGAGAAAAUUGAAAGGGAGCUAAAGCCAAUGUUACCCCCAGUAUCUGAGGAGAAAAUGAAAGAAAUCAAAGGCAUAACAGAAUCUGCAUUUAAAGAAAUGAGCCAGGAGGAUGAAGAUCAGUUUGCAUGUAGAUUCUAUUAAAGCAUGAAUAACUCAAAAAGCUGCAGAACACAUACAUUUCAGUAUUAUAGAUAAACAUGUAUUUCAGCAUUAUA